UGUUGUGUGUUCAUGUGGAGUACCACUAAGUGUAGUAAUUGGUUCUUGUAGUCCAGGCCCCAAAGAGCAAACGAAGAAGAAAAACCAAGCGUUUGUAUUGAUUUGAUAAGAGUACUGUAUUUGUAUCCUCAGUUGUUACAUAAAUAACACUAUCGCGUAAAAACGGUAAAUUUGCUCUCAAGGUGUAAAAUUUGAAAGACGUUUUCGGACGAAGAGCGUACCAGUAGGCUGACAAUCCGGGUGUGUGAUUGAUACACGAUACAACACACGAAUAAGAGCGGCCCCAAACAAGAAGAAGACGCUUUUUGGGGUACUUUGUGUCCUAAAUUGUUACCGACUUAAAAUUGACGCGUAAACAUCAUACAUUUGCCCUGAAUGUGUGAAAUGAUAAAGGCAUUAGCGGAUAACAGUAUGGGAGUUGUCAUAUUUCCGGGUGUUUGAACGCUGCACGCUGUAAACCACGAAGAAGAAGUGCUCGCAGGGCGUGGUGGGAUACUUCUCUUGUCCGCUGGAGGACUCCGAGCGGCGCCCCGGCUGGCUGCCUGCUAGCAGCGGAGAGGAAGAUGGCUGCGGCGGCAGGGGGGAUUUUCAGGCCAGCGUCUGGAAGCAGGACGCCGUUCGUCAUGUUCGACUAAAGCGACUCCGCCGCGGUUCCGUCGGUCCAGAAGCGGCCAUGGGCUCCCAAACCCUCCAGAUCCUCAGGCAGGGGAUUUGGGCUUCAAUCACCGGCGGAUGGUACUACGAUCCUGACCAGAAUACGUUUGUCAACGCGCUCCAUCUCUACAUCUGGCUCUUCCUGCUAUGUUUCCCCUUCACGCUUUACAUGGCCCUGCCAUCCACCAUGGUCAUUGUGGGAAUCUACUGCAGCGUGAUCGCCGCCAUGUUCCUGCUGCUCAAGACGCUCAACUACCGACUCCACCACGCCCUGGACGAGGGCGAGGUAGUGGAGCUCCAGGCCAAGAAGACACAGGGCGGCCGAGGGGGUGCCGAGGGGGCGAACGACAGCCGUGGAGGCGGCGGAACCCGUCGCCAAGACGGCAACGGCCCGGGGGACCCCGGAGGGGGGAUGGAGAUGGCAGACUUGAUCAGGCAAGCAACGCCCCCAGUGGACUGCAGCUCAAGGAAUUCUUCCAUCGGCAUGGAGCUCAGCCAGCAGAUGCUGUCCUCCACCCUGGGGAGAGCAACAGGAGCCAAAGACGUGGGGAAGACUUGCGAUGACAUCAGUUUGACUCUGGUGGAAAGCUGCAGUCAUGACCACGAUUUGCUUUCAGACACAAAGAUGUACUUCCUGGUUCCCAAUGACUCCUUCGCCUCCCUGCAGCCCUCCACCUCCUUGUGUCCAUCCGAGCUUUCCAGGGAAGCCGCCGACCUCUGCACCUCCGCUGCUUAUCACUACAGCCUGUCCUCCUGCGACACAGAGAGCGCCCCUCACGCGUCCACGCAGUCGCAGUCCCUUAUGAAAGAGAAUCGUUCGCGGGGUCUGCCUCGGACUUCCAGCUCAGCGGGUUCUGCCUUCCCUGACCCUGGUCUGCCGGACUUUGCAGUCUACCCGCAGCCCAGGAGGGGCGGCCUUGACACCGUGUGCGAGCUGGAGGCCGCGAGGCCGAACCGAGCCGGGCUGUGCGGCAGGGAGGCGACCAAGUGUCUCCACCAGCAGAGCCAGGCGCCGGCUUCCACCUCGGGAAUGGAAUGUUGUAGACACAAAGACACACGCAGGGUGUGUCGCUCUGCUUCCAGGGAUGCCGGAGAGGGCGGCUCGGGUCUGUACCAAGCGGACAUGGUGGGUGGAAGCAGGAGAUGCUCUUCUGCGGGAGGUAAAUCCCGCCGAGGUGAGCGCAGCACAGAGAGCCUGCGCAGCCUGAGCACUCGCAGCAGCGGCUCCACCGAGAGCUACUGCAGCGGCACGGACCGAGACACCAACAGCACCGUCAGCAGCUUCCACAGCGAGCAGACCAGCUCCACGCAUGUGGAGAGCCUGAUUUCGCUCUCAGGGGACGAGCGUGCGCGGGAUGGGGGCGAUGCAGCGUGCGCUCAUUCAGACGGCAGAACUUCAAGCACGGGCGUGAGUAACCAGGCCAACAAGAAUCCUCACGCCAACGAGCUGACUGGUAAGUUGCCAGUGGGCACCGUGUCCUCUGCGGCUCCGGACUGCGGCCAGGAAGAGCCUGACACCGGGACUGGAACCGGUGUUGACGGCUCAGCUGGAGCGGAGCAGGGGGAUGGAAAAGGCAGCAUGGUGUCAAACCCGGUUCACAGGACUUGGUCUCUGUCGACGGGCCGCAGGGGGCGCCGGCGGACGGGCAAGAAAAGAGCGAGCAGCUUUGACGCCAUCCGCCACCGGGACCACAUGUCCGUGCGUGGGCUGGCCAAGCCGUGUAGCGCUGUAUUUACAGGGGGUGGAGAGGAGGACUCCAGCGACCAUAGCGAACUCAGCUGUGCCUCCAGUCUGCGCUCCACCCAACAUCUGAGCACCGACAGCUCCUCCAGCGCCACCUCGCGGUCCUGCCACUCACCAGAGGGGUUCUACCGGGCCCUCAAAGCCAAGCACUCUGCAACCAGCGCCUCUGCAGCGUCGGAGGCGGGGGCACGACCUGGAGGUCGGCGGCGAGCCUCCCGCCGUGCCCUCAGCACGGACAGCGCCAGAACACACGCCCGAGUGUUGAGUUUGGACAGCGGUACCGCCGCCUGCCUUAACGACCCCACUCGCCUCGGAGCUCCCGCCGGGCCCCGGCCCCUUACGACCUCCAAGUCGGACCUGGAAGCCAAAGAAGGGGAGGUGCUGGAUGCCGUGUCUCUGCUGGGUCGGGCCUCCCAGCUGGAGUCGGUGACCCGCUCCAGGAACAGUCUUCCCAGCCAGGCGGUGUUCUCCGAGCCUCUGGACGUUGCUGCUUGCCUGCGGGCCCCCGGCGGCGAGGAGACGGUAGUAUUUCGGCGCGAGCGUAGCACGUUUCGCCGGCAGGCGGUGCGGCGGCGGCACAACGCAGGGAGCAACCCCACGCCGCCCUCCUCCCUCAUUGGAUCUCCUCUCAGUCUUCAGGAGGCCCUGAGCCAGGCCUCCCAGCCUUGCGCUUACCAGGUGAAAAAGCAGCCUUCUCAAACGGCGUCCCAGGUGACAGUGCUGAGCACGAGCGCCUCCCUGCUGGCCAGGAACGGAAGCGCGCACCUGGACGGCUCUCAGGACAAGGCCUCCACCGUCGGUGCCACCAGCUUGCAGGAUGACCUGGGAAAACUCACGCCCUCCUUGUACGAGGCUGCCGGCUGUGAUGUGUCCCUGGUCAACUUUGAGCCCGCAACCAGACGAGCCUCCAACAACAUUUGGGACACGGACUCCCACCUCUCCAGUUCUACCUCAGUUCGCUUUUACCCUCAUGACCUGCUCUCCCUCCCUCAGAUCCGCCUGAACCGCCUCCUGACCAUGGACCCGGAGCUUCUGGAGCAGCAGGACGCCGAUCUGAGCCCGGAUCGCCAGGACGUGACACCGGGCCAUGACGACCCGGCGGCGCCCACGGCUGCCGGCAAGGCCAAGCAGUACUACCGCCUGUGGCUCAUGCCUUACCUGUGGGUCGGCCUGCACUUCGACCGACUCACGCUGCUGGCCCUCUUUGACCGGAACCGUGAGGUUGUGGAGAACGUGCUGGCUGUGGUGCUGGCGGUGCUGGUGGCUUUCCUGGGCUCGGUGCUGCUGGUUCACGACUUCUUUGCAGACAUCUGGGUCUUCCAGUUCUGCCUGGUCAUUGCAAGCUGCCAGUAUUCUUUACUGAAGAGCGUCCAACCAGACUCUUCCUCCCCUCGACAUGGCCACAACCGCAUCAUCGCGUACAGCCGCCCCGUCUACUUCUGCCUGUGCUGCGCUCUCAUCUGGCUCUUCCACUACAGCAGCCUCAGGACCGCCUCCUGCCGCUUCACGCUCUACGGCGUGGCGCUCACCGGCUCACUCGUCCUCGCCUGCGCCAGGGACCUCGUCAUAGUCUUCACGCUGUGUUUCCCCAUCAUCUUCUUCGUGGGCCUGCUGCCACAGGUCAACACCUUCGUCAUGUAUCUCUUCGAGCAACUGGAUAUCCACGUCUUUGGGGGCAACGCCUCCACCAGCCUCCUGUCAGCGCUGUAUGGCUUCCUUCGCAGCGUGGUCACUGUGGCUCUGCUGUACGCUUUCUGCUACGGCGCCCUGAAGGAGACCUGGGGGCCUCAUCACAUCCCCGUGCUCUUCUCCGUCUUCUGCGGCCUCCUGGUGGCCGUGUCCUACCACCUUAGCCGGCAGAGCAGUGACCCGUCUGUCCUCAUAUCGCUUAUCCAGUCAAAGAUUUUGCCCAACUUGAGAGACAGCAACCCCGAGGACCCUCUGUCAGAGGUGCAGGACCCCCUUCCCGAGAAGCUGAGGGCCUCAGUGAACGAGCGUCUGCAGUCGGACGUGAUCGUCUGCGUGCUCAUCGCCGUGCUUUACUUCGCCAUCCAUGUCAGCACCGUCUUCAUCGCUCUGCAGCCCUUCCUGAGCUACGUGCUGUAUGCCUUGCUGGGCGCGGUGGGCCUGCUCACCCACUACCUGCUGCCCCAGGUCCGCAAGCAGCUGCCCUGGUACUGCUUCUCACACCCGCUGCUCAAAACCAAGGAGUACUACCAGUUUGAGGUCAGGGGUGCGGCGCACGUGAUGUGGUUUGAGAAGCUUCACGUGUGGCUGCUCUUCAUGGAGAGGAACGUCCUCUACCCGCUCGUCAUCCUCAACGAGCUGAGCGGCAGCGCCAGAGAGCUGGCCGACCCCAAGAGGCUGGACACUGAGGUGGGCGCUCUGAUGAUCACGGUGGCAGGCCUGAAGCUGCUGCGCUCGUGCUACAGCAGCCCCACCUAUCAGUACGUCACCAUCCUCUUCACUGUGCUCUUCUUCACCUUCGACUACCGCCAUCUGUCAGAGACGCUGCUGCUCGACCUCUUCCUCAUGUCCAUCGUCUUCAGCAAGCUGUGGGAGCUGUUCUACAAGCUGCACUUUGUCUACACCUACAUCGCGCCCUGGCAGAUCACCUGGGGCUCCGCCUUCCACGCCUUCGCUCAGCCCUUCGCUGUGCCUCACUCGGCCAUGCUCUUUGUCCAAGCUCUGGUGUCCGCCAUCUUGUCCACCCCCCUCAACCCCUUCUUGGGCAGCGCCAUCUUCGUCACGUCCUACGUGCGACCCGUCAAGUUCUGGGAGCGAGACUACAAAACCAAAAGGGUGGAUCACUCCAACACCCGGCUGGCCUCGCAGCUGGACAGGAAUCCAGGCUCUGAUGACAACAACCUCAACUCCAUCUUCUACGAGCACCUGACGCGCUCGCUGCAGCACAGCUUGUGCGGCGACCUGCUCCUGGGACGCUGGGGCAACUUCAGCACGGGCGACUGCUUCAUCCUGGCCUCCGAUUACCUCAACGCCCUGGUGCACCUGGUGGAGAUCGGCAACGGCCUGGUGACCUUCCAGCUCCGAGGGUUGGAGUUCAGAGGCACCUACUGCCAGCAGCGUGAGGUGGAGGCCAUCACUGAGGGCGUGGAGGAGGACGAGGGCUGCUGCUGCUGCGAGCCGGGUCACCUUCCGCACCUCCUGUCCUUCAAUGCCGCCUUCGGCCAACGCUGGCUGGCGUGGGAGGUGCUGGUCACCAAGUACGUGCUGGAGGGCUACAGCAUCACUGACAACAGCGCCGCCUCCAUGCUGCAGGUGUUCGACCUGCGUCGCAUCCUCACCACCUACUAUGUCAAGGGCAUCAUCUACUAUGUGAUGGCCUCGCCCAAGCUGGAGGAGUGGCUGUCCAAUGAUGCCAUGAAGGAGGGCCUGCGAGCGUGCGGCGAAAGGAACUACGUGGACCUGGAUGCCACCUUUAACCCCAACAUCGACGAGGACUACGACCAUCGACUGGCCGGCAUCUCCAGGGACAGCUUCUGCGGCGUCUACCUAGGCUGGAUCCAGUACUGCAACUCUCGCAGGGCCGAGCCGCUGGACAGCGAGAGGGAUUCGCCUGCGGUGCUGCUCUGCUUCGGCCUGUGUGUGCUGGGCAGGAGAGCUCUGGGAACGGCAGCUCAUCACAUGUCCAGCAACCUGGAGUCCUUCCUCUACGGGCUUCACGCUUUGUUUAAAGGAGAUUUCCGCAUCUCUUCGUCACGAGAUGAGUGGAUCUUUGCAGACAUGGAGCUGCUGAGGAAGGUUGUGGUGCCUGGCAUCCGAAUGUCCCUCAAACUCCAUCAGGACCACUUCACCUCCCCUGACGAGUACGAUGAGCCGGCGGUCCUGUUUGAGGCCAUCUCCUCACACCAGCAGAACCUGGUCAUCGCUCACGAGGGCGACCCGGCCUGGAGGAGCGCCGUGCUCUCCAACGCCCACUCGCUCCUCGCCCUGCGCCACGUCCUGGACGAGGGCACCAACGAGUACAAGAUCAUCAUGCUCAACCGCCGUUACCUCAGCUUCAGAGUCAUCAAGGUGAACAAGGAAUGCGUGCGAGGUUUGUGGGCGGGCCAGCAGCAGGAGCUGGUCUUCCUCAGGAACCGCAACCCGGAGCGCGGCAGCAUCCAGAACGCCAAGCAGGCGCUGCGCAACAUGAUCAACUCUUCGUGCGACCAGCCCAUCGGCUACCCCAUCUACGUGUCGCCCCUCACCACCUCCUACUGUGACUCACACCCCCAGCUGGGACACAUCCUGGGCGGGCCCAUCAGCAUCGCCAACAUCCGAAACUUUGUUGUCAGCACCUGGCACAGAUUACGAAAAGGCUGCGGCGCCGGCUGCAACAGCGGGGGGAACAUCGAGGACUCCGACGCCGGGGGCCUCUCCUGCGGCAACGGUAACGGUGCCGACUCGCAGCAGAGCUCCAUGUCUCAGGGCGGGACUUCUGGCCCGGCGCCCCCGCACUCGUACCGCCAUCAUGGCCUGGGCUCCAGCCAGAGUUCCCAGUCGGUCCGGUCCGGCUUGGUCCGCCACUCCCCCACCCGAGCCUCCACGGCCGGCCGGUCAUCGUCGUGCCGCGGCCGCCACUCGUCGCUGCGCGCGUCGGCCACGGGCCUGGAGCCCUGCCGCCGCUCGUCCGGCAGCCAGCUGUCCUUGCGCACGCUCCCCACCUCCCUGCAGCUGCGUCUGGGCUCCGCGUCCGACCCGGCCGGCCCCGCCGCCUCCCUCUCCAGCCACAGCAUCCCGCCGUGCAAGCGCCACACGCUGGCGGGCCUCCUGGGCAGCGACGGCCCGUGCGGCGCCGUGACGGAUCCCCUCAGCCACCACCACCACCAUCAUCAUCAUCAUCAUCACCCGCAGCAGCACAACCCUGUGGUCUCCACCGUCAGGAGGGACGACAUCUCCUACAGAGUGCAGAUUACGGACCCCAGUCAGGUGCUGGACAACAUCAACGUGUCCAAACGCAAAGAACUCCAGUGGCCUGACGAGGCGCUGAGGAUGAGGGCGGGGCGCACCUGCUGGAGGGACUGGAGCCCCCUGGAGGGCAUGGAAGGACAUGUGAUUCACCGGUGGGUGCCUUGCUGCCGAGACCCGGCCGGCCGCUCCCACGUGGACAAGACCAUCCUGCUGGUUCAGGUGGAAGACAAGCUGGUGCCCGUCAUGGAGACCGGCGUCAUUGAGCUGGGUGCGGAGGUUUGACGUAAAAAACAACAAAACGCAAGCACACCGCAACGACCCCGAGCGAGCGAGCGCCACGGCCGACCGUCCCCGUCCCGCACCGCCUGCCUUGCUUUGCCGAAAUGCUGCAUGACGCUUCAACGUGGCUCCUUUUCUAUGCAUUUCAUUCAGCACGUCUUUGUUGGGAAUCGGACGCAAGGCUUCACGACACACCUUGCAGCUGGCGAGGCGACAUUUCCAGUUGGAUGUUUGAUUUUGUUGCGUGGAAAAUGAGACGAAAAAGAAGUUGCACUAUUUUCUGUUCCCCUCUUUUUGUUUUCCAGUCAUGCACUACAAUCAAUCUUAUUUAUGAAUAGGACUAGGACUAGGACUAUCACUAGGACCAGGACCAGGACAGACUCUCUUACUGAUGCCUUGGAAAGGAACGUUUCCAAAAUGCAAUCACUUUUGUUUUUGUUUUGUUCUUUGGCUCUUGCUGAACUUGAAAAGAACUUUUUACUGUACUUGUAUAUGACUAAUAUCCAUAUAUAUAUAUAUAUAUAUAUAUAUAUAUAUAUAUAUAUAUAUAUAUAUAUAUAUAUAUAUUUACACAUAUAUAUAUAUAAAAUGUCAGUGUAUAAAAGAAAUUGUUUGGGAUAUUUAUUACUGUAAACAUGGUAUUUACGGAUUGUCACCAUCUUUUUUCUCCCUUUUGCUUUUGAGACAAACUUUAAUGUAUUGAGACGUGUUUUGGGGGGGGGGGGCUUGUUGAACUAU